AUGGCACCCGCCGGACGCAUCCUCACCUUGCUGCUCUGGGGUCACCUGCUGGAGCUUUGGACCCCAGGUCACACCGCGGACCCCGCCUACCCCAGGCUACGCCUGUCACAUAAAGAACUCUUGGACCUGAACAGAACAUCAAUAUUUCAAAGCCCCUUGGGAUUUCUUGAUCUGCACACAAUGCUGCUGGAUGAGUAUCAAGAGCGGCUCUUCGUGGGAGGCAGGGACCUUGUCUAUUCCCUGAACUUGGAACGAGUCAGUGAUGGCUACAGAGAGAUAUACUGGCCGAGUACAGCAGCAAAAGUAGAAGAAUGCAUAAUGAAAGGAAAAGACACAAGCGAGUGUGCCAAUUAUGUUCGGGUUCUGCAUCACUACAACAGGACACACCUUCUGACCUGUGCGACUGGGGCCUUUGAUCCACUCUGUGCCUUCAUCAGAGUUGGGUACCAUUCAGAGGAACCCCUGUUUCACUUGGAGGCACACAGGUCUGAGAGAGGAAGGGGCAGAUGUCCUUUUGACCCCAGCUCCUCCUUCGUCUCCACUCUAGUUGGCAGCGAACUCUUUACUGGACUCUACAGUGACUACUGGGGCAGAGACUCUGCGAUCUUCCGCAGUCUGGGGAAGCUCGGCCAUAUUCGCACAGAGCAUGAUGACGAACGACUGCUGAAAGAACCAAAAUUUGUAGGUUCGUAUAUGAUCCCUGAUAAUGAAGACCGGGAUGACAACAAAAUGUACUUCUUUUUUACUGAGAAGGCAUUGGAAGCGGAGAACAGUGCCCACACGAUCUAUGCCCGCGUGGGGCGGCUGUGCAUGAAUGAUGUGGGAGGACAGAGGAUAUUGGUGAACAAGUGGAGCACAUUCCUUAAAGCGAGGCUGGUUUGCUCUGUACCAGGAGUGAAUGGAAUCGAUACAUAUUUUGAUGAGCUGGAGGAUGUGUUUUUACUGCCUACCAGAGAUCCUAAGAAUCCAGUGAUAUUUGGACUGUUUAACACUACCAGCAAUAUAUUUAGAGGCCAUGCUAUAUGUGUCUAUCACAUGUCAAGUAUCCGGGAAGCCUUUAAUGGUCCAUAUGCACAUAAAGAAGGCCCUGAAUACCACUGGUCACUAUAUGAAGGAAAAGUCCCUUACCCGAGGCCUGGUUCUUGUGCCAGCAAAGUGAAUGGAGGGAAGUAUGGAACCACCAAAGACUACCCUGAUGAUGCCAUUCGAUUCGCAAGAACUCAUCCACUAAUGUACCAGCCCAUAAAACCUGCUCACAAAAAGCCAAUACUGGUAAAAACGGAUGGAAAAUACAAUCUGAAGCAACUAGCGGUGGACCGGGUGGAGGCUGAGGACGGCCAGUACGAUGUCUUGUUUAUUGGGACAGAUACAGGAAUUGUGCUGAAAGUGAUCACAAUUUACAACCAAGAAACAGAGUGGAUGGAAGAAGUCAUUCUAGAGGAACUUCAGAUAUUUAAGGAUCCAGUUCCUAUCAUUUCCAUGGAAAUCUCUUCAAAGAGACAACAGCUCUACAUUGGCUCACCCACGGCUGUGGCUCAGGUCAGAUUCCAUCACUGCGACAGGUACGGCAGUGCCUGUGCAGACUGCUGCCUGGCUCGAGACCCUUACUGUGCCUGGGACGGCAUAUCCUGCUCCCGGUACUACCCAACAGGUGCACAUGCAAAGAGACGGUUCCGCAGGCAGGAUGUGCGGCAUGGUAAUGCUGCCCAGCAGUGCUUUGGACAACAGUUUGUCGGAGACGCUUUGGACAGGACUGAAGAGAGGCUGGCUUACAGCAUAGAGAGCAACAGCACUCUGCUGGAGUGCACCCCACGGUCCUUACAAGCAAAAGUCAUAUGGUUUGUACAGAAAGGACGCGAGAUGAGAAGAGAAGAGGUGAAGACAGACGACAGAGUGGUGAAGAUGGACCUGGGUUUACUCUUCCUCAGAGUGCGCAAAUCAGAUGCGGGCACCUAUUUUUGCCAGACAGUAGAGCAUAGCUUUGUCCACACUGUGCGUAAAAUCACGCUGGAGGUAGUGGAAGAGCAGAAAGUGGAGGGGAUGUUUCACAAGGACCACGAGGAGGAAAGGCAUCACAAGAUGCCCUGCCCCCCCUUAAGCAGUCUGCCGCAGGGCACGAAACCCUGGUACAAGGAGUUCUUGCAGCUGAUUGGCUACAGCAACUUCCAGAGAGUGGAAGAAUACUGCGAAAAGGUGUGGUGCACAGAUAAGAAGAGGAAAAAGCUCAAAAUGUCUCCCUCCAAGUGGAAGUACGCCAACCCGCAGGAAAAGGGGCUCCGCUCCAAACCCGAGCACUUCCGCCUGCCCAGGCACACGCUGGACUCCUGAGGGCGCCCCCUGCCGGCUGCCGAGGGGCCGAGCCCGGAGACCUUCAAAGGGAAGAGACGUAUGGGACAGACGGACAGCAGGGACGCCUUUCCCGUGCUUCAGAGGCGGGAAGCUGUUUUAAGUUAUUCUGCAUCCUCAUCCUCCUGUACAAACCGCGCACAGUACCAGUACCUAAGCGAGUGUAUUGCUUCAAAGGCUUCACUUUGUAUUUAUCAACACAUGAUCGUGGCUGUAAUUUUGAGUUUGAGCUGCUUUUCAGGGAAAUUAUUUCACCAUUGGAAUAUUUAAUAUAAUUAUAAUAUUAAAGAAAAAGUUAUAGAUUUUCAUAAUCAAAAAAAUGUAAAACUAAGUCAGCUUUAAUCUUUCUGGAGUUUUCCUUGUAACCCUAAGGUGAAUGUUCAGAAUAUCAGACACUUUAGGAUUCUCCUGUGAACUUCCUGUUCUGUGGCGGGUUUUUUUAAGUCAUGUGUUUUGAGUAGUUGUGUUGUGAUUGCUAUAAACCAACCGUAAAAGCAACCUGCGGCCCGCAGUUCUGAAACUUGUUCCUUCCAUGAGACAUUCACUAAACUGUAUUAAAUACUUCUGUUUUAUAAACAAGACAUAGCCCUUAAUUUUCACUCCAGUGUGGAAGGAAGAUAAUCUCUCAGAAAGGUAUUUCAAAUAAUGUCAACCAUGAAAGUAGAAUUCUAAUCAAAAGGUCUGUGCUGCCCUCUUGUGGUAGAAGAAGGCAUAGUCGCUUAUAGAGCUGUUUUUGCAGUCGCCCCGCAAAGAAUUGAAAAAUUGUACGAGCAGAUACAUCUAGUUCAUCUUCAGAAAACUCAACUAAGCAAGAAAAACCAUAAUGCUUAUACAAUGGUUUAAUAUGGAAAUAGUAUGCUUGUAGAUAGUUCAUGACUUCACAAUACAGUGAAGAUAUUAGCAGCAUUCGAGCUUUUAAAUCGUAAAAGGCUCGCUUGUUGCCAACCCUUCCCUGAGACCCGAAAUACUGGAAGUGCGCUUUCCUGUAAAGGAACUGUCGAAGCAUUUUCCUCUCAUUUUCUAUGAACAAAAAUUGCUUCUUGAUUCAUUUAACUACUG